AUGUCAUCGUCUCCAAACAGACUACAGAGCAUGCUCACCAGUAAGCUGAAGUACAGCCGAAAGCCCUCACUUGAUGCGGCAAGUAUCAAUAAGCCCAUCGUGGCAAUCUCAUCCCCUCCUUCAUCUAGCCCUGCGGAAAUCCGCACUAUUCAGGCAGUGAACGAAGAGCUCAGGGCCAUUGCGGCUCAAACCACUGCUUUCAAUUACCGUAACAUUGUUAAAGCAGUCAGGAGUUUUCAAUUUCAAAGCGUUCGACCCGAAGGUUCUCACUUAAAACAAAUUGAAGCCAUUCUGAUGAAACAUGGUUAUUCAAUGGGAGACCCAUCUGAAAUCGAUGGUGUUUUGACAAUCCCGUGCAAGCCUUCUUCUGCUGAGGCACGUAGACGGUCAUCUACAGGAAUUACCUCUUCAAGAUCCAUCCUUGCAACAAUCACCCCAUCAUCUGCUCCCAGUGACAACAUCGUAUCUGAACCCAUCCAACAAUUCACAGCUACCAGCCAGCUGCAAUCAAUGUCAACGAUUCCUACUCAGCAAAGACCCUCGGUGAUCGCGCAGUUCGAACUCCCAAAUAUCGACAUCAUUGUCCAGAAUGUAAGCGGCAAACCUAUUGCCUGUAACCAAUCUUCCCUGGUUCAACAGGAAAUCCUGGAACACUUCCGAACCUUGAACUUCAUGAAAUUCAAAGCGGUAAUUACCGAACUGACAAAGAACGAAAAUUCCAUUGUUAAGAAUAGGUCUGCCAAAACACCCAUCGAGGAUAUUUUCCUCAAGAAUAAAUUGAUCUUCCGCUCUUGCACCAAGUCUGAUAAUACUCUUCAUCUGAUUGCCAUUCCCUCCGCCACCCCUACUCGUCCUCUCAUGUGCAAGCCAUUUGUACCAGCACCAGUUGAGGCGACCCCUACAUCAAAGCUGCCGAAAAAGCUCUUUCUCAGAAGGGCUUCACAGGCAGUUGAGCCCCUUUCUGCCUUGAAACCAUUGAACAACGCACCAAUUACUCAGCCUAUUACAACUAUUACCUCGCCUGUUUCCUUCGAGUCGGUCAUGGAUGGCUCUCAAGAGGACGGUGAAGAAAAUACUUCGACUCUUCACCACAAUGAAAGAUUUGAUUUGUCAAAUACAACUAAAGUUCUUAUCACCAUUCCUGUUGCGACCACCGUUACAGAAAACAAUGGAACCUCUGCUCUCGUAGCCACUGCCGAUGAGGUUGAGAUAAGUUCAAUUGAUGCUCCCGCUGAAAUAAUCGAAACCUCUUCUAUCGUCGCAGCUGAAAACCUCCAACCGUCUCCUAUCAUCGCCGCUGCCGAAGAAGUUAAAGUCUCCUCCAUCGUCACCAUCGAGAUAGUCGAUCAUGCAUGUAUCACCGAUCUUACUAUUCCAAUUACUCCAUCAGUUGAAACCUCCGCUAUCUCUCCAUCUAUCACUGAUGUUUCCUCAACCGCACCAACCCUGAUUGACGUUUCACCUGCCACCUUGUCUCUCAUUAAGGAGGCAACAACCCUUGAACAAUGUGAUGUGGCCAUCCCAGCAACCAUUUCUCUCAUCAAGGAUACUACUGUCAGGAAGCUCAACUUUGAUGGAGAACGACCAUCUUCAAGUUUCGAAACUGGUUCUAUCAAAAUUACUCCGUCUACAAUCAGUGCACCAUCCUCUUCCAUUCAUGGCGAUGUUUCUACCCCUAUUACCGCAUCCCCAGCAACUCCAUCGAGCAAUAACCUCCACCUUCUAUCGUCGUAUGAUAGUGGUUACUCGUCAGAAGAAGAUUCUUUCUCAAGCAAUUCUACGAAUGUAUUCGAUAACAUUGCCUGUGCAUCAGACCUUGCUCAUGCUAUGAAAGCAGUUGAGAAGGCUGUUGAGUCAUUCUCUGCUGAGAUUGCAUCAGCUUUGGAGUCUGCCAUUACUAGAAUCGAAAAGAGAAAGGCUCAAAACAACACACUUUCCAAGAAGGUUGCUCAUGGAUCUGCCGCAAAUAUUUCCUUUGGAUUUAAUAAGAAGGUUUCCGUUGGGAACGCUAUGCUUCUCAUCCAUUCCAAUAUCGAACUAGCUGAGGGCUCUUCUACAAUCGAAGCCUCGGUUCCAGUUGAAUCAUCAAGAAUCCCCACUGUAUCAAGAAACAACAAUUCAUUAAAUACCACAGUUGUUCCUCCCCCAACAUCGAGCCGUCAGCCAAACCAUCACGCUCAGACACCAAACACCUCUUCAGCCCCUGCUGUAACCGCUUCCUCUUCCACUACCUCUCUUCGCACUGCAAUCCCCCAGCGCGCAUCUUCUCGGGGGAGCUCUACCUCCCACGUUACUACCGCUGCCGUUCGCCCUUCCGCGAAUAUUAGGUGUAACGCCCGAGCUCUCAGGGCUGCCGUUAAAUCGGACAAGCCAAAGUUCAGCAGAAAUGUCUGGAACUAA